AUGACUCAAAACUAUACUCACGGUAUAAUUGGAAAGACCGAAUUCAAUAGUCUUCUUUUGCGUGGGCUAAGAGAAAAAUAUCUUCGUGAUCGGAUGAUUGAUGAGAAGAAGACGAAAGAAGAAAACCCUAAUCAUAAUGAUCCAAAGGUUAGUACUGCUGCCGGUCCACGGAUUAGGGUUAAACUAUAUAGUACCAACCCUAAAGAGAAGAUGGAAGUCCAUUCAGAAUCAGAAGUGAAAGAGAAGUUGAAUGACUUAUUGAAGGCCAUCGAGGAGAGACUAAGUUCUUCGGAGAUGAGACUCUACACUUCCUUGUGUAAAGGCUUCCACUCCCAAAGAUUCGGGUAUGACAAAUUCGUUACAUAUGAUUUCGAGGGAGGUAAGGUGUUAACCGGAGUCGAAGAAGAGAUGAUUAAAUGCGAAGAUCAGAUGUACGAGGCGGAUAUGUUGAUGAGUGCUUUGAGAUGUGCAGUGGACAGUGCGGAGAGAGUUAUGAGGGGAGAGAUGAGAGUGGAAGAUCUUGGUGUGAAGUUUUACAGAUGCCUUGAAGUGUUAUAUGAUGGAGACAUGUUUGAGAUAGUGAGAGAAGAUCACCAAAGAGCUUUACCUGUGAUCUUGAAACGGUUGAAUCAGAAACUGCGAGAGCUCACGCUUGCUCGAGAAAGCUGGAAACGUGGCUGGAAGAAAACUUUUAAAAGACUUUCUCCAACGCAAAUAGAUUCUGAUGCACCAAAAUCUGAAGUGAAGGAAACAACAAUCUGA